UCCGUUUAAAGAAUAUAUCAGAAAUAUUUAAGUAUUAUAGUUGAGAUAUAUACCUUUAGAUGCAGUCGACAUUGAUGUUACAUAUAUAUUGUUUCACCACAUUAUUCAUUAUUCCUCUGAUCGUCGAUUGUAAUCAUCGCUUCUUACGCUGGUUGGAUAUAAAUGCGUAUCAUGAAGUUUCAAGUCGAUUACUUAAAUUUUCUAAAGUAGGCUGCGUCUUGCCGUUGGAUAAACAUUCCUAUCGCAAUUUAGUAUUACCUGGGAACUCACACUUCAGAUCGGUUGUGUUAUUUUACGACAAUAAUGAACUCGAUGACAGGCUACUAUUGAACACUUAUCGCAUGAUUGGAUGUUUAUUCAAAGAUAACUGGAAUAACGUAAAUUCUUCUGGACAUCCACUAUACUUCUUUUCAUUUAAGGUCAAUGAUAAUGAUAGGGAAUGGCUUUAUCACCUACACAAUAUCAAAAACACACCAGAUCUUAUUCGAUUCGAUUUAGGUAGAUCCAUUACCAACACUGGGCAACUCCGAGUUGAUAUCUUUACAAAAUUGCUAGCUAAUAAAACUGAUAAAAACAAACAGAUCGAAUGGGAUUCUUUAUACUACUUGUUAAUUGAAUUCUGCCAAAGACCAUUCCCUGCUACAGAGCCUACAACAAAUAAAACCAACCCACUUCUAUAUGUAAGCGCGCUUAUCCUUAAGUACAAAUAUCUAUGCACAUUUCUCUGCUUCAUUGUAUUGCUACUAUGUGCGAUUUGCGUUUACAAAACACGAUGGCUGAUGGCAAUAGCUGCAAUAUCUGCAUAUGUGUUAAGCACAAUGUGCAUUCCUGCAUCAUUUAGAUUUGCGAAAUCAUAUGGUGGAAAGCUCCUAAACUGUAGCAAAAUGGAUAUUAAAUGCAUAAUGGGAGCACUGUUUUUGGAUUCUACGAAAAUGCAGUAUUUCUACGAAGGCGUUAUAUUUCAAAUCAUGUUAUUAUUGCUUUCAUUUCUAAUAUUCAAAAUGGCAACUACUGAGAGUGCGUUUAUGUCUAUAUGUUCUUUGGUCAUUGCCAUGUUACUUAGCAUUCAAUUGCUGAGCAUUCUGAAACACAAGAAUGUUCCAUUUUGGAUAGAUUUUAAACCACCGAUAUAUUUGACAAGAUCCAGAUUUACAAUGACAAGAGACCUUUUGCUUUAAAGGAAUCUAGAUAGAAUAUUACUCUGGGAUAUAUGUUCAUGUCGCACAACU